UCAGUACGAUGUAGCAAUGGACUACAGGUUAGCAGCGGUUUUACCAUAGUCCACUUUCAAUUAGACGACUAGUAGCCUCUAACGGAAAACUAGAAGAUUAGAAAUCAUGUCUUAUGCCAUGCUCUUUCAAUCAUGUCUUCUUUUAAUUAACAAUUUUUGGCGCGAAUAUUAAUUUCAGAGUAGACAUUUGACAAGCUUUUUUCAUCGAUAUCAUUCUGAUAUUUAAUCCUAUAUUCAGGCAUAAAAAAUUAACAGAGCAAUGAAGUUCUUCCGAAUAGCUUCUCUGAGUGAAUUCACUCCUCCGCUCUGUAAUGAUGAGGCAACAGUUGGUUUGGUGGGUGGUAAUUUGAAGUAUGCGGAUCGUGAGCAUUUGAGCGUGUGUAUGCAAUUGUACGCUGCAUAUUUGCUGGAUCAUCCAGAUGCAAAUGUGAGCUUCGAUAUGCUGGCAACUCGAGAAGCUGGCAAUGGAAUUGGUGCAAAAGAUAUGUUCCUUCCGGUACAGGAAAAAGUGUUAAAAAAGAUUGCAAGCGUAUGGCGUGACAAGGGUUUUAUCGAAGCUGUUCAUGUUACUGCUGAGGAAGAUCCCGCUCAAGUCACAAGGACCUUACAUUGGCUUGCAACUAGACUGGCCCAGUUUUUUGAUUUGGUAGAUAAAUUAGCAUUCUGGAAUGAAGGAUUACCUACUUUGGCUUCUGGUUCUGUAGCAGAGAUCACCAUCACACGUGAUUGGGCCACUGCCAUUGUUCGUUGUUUAGCUUGGCAUCCGCACUGUACUCGUCUAGCUUUAGCAACGCGUGACGAUAGAAUUCGUGUUUUCUGCAAAGACGUACAAGGCGCUGCCGUCCUGAGACAUAGCUUCCAAAAAUCUGUUUCUUGUUUGAGUUGGAGACCAAACUCAGGUAGAGAAUUAGCAGCUGCUUGUCAGGCUGGAAUUCUAAUUUGGACCGUAGAAUUAGGGGCAGCUAGUAGUUCCCUUAGCCAAGCAGUCACUCUGCGGCAAAGAGGACAUGCACCCGUUACCAGUAUUGCUUGGAGUCCACAGGGGGACUUGCUCGUUUCAUGCUCUCCGGCAGACAACAGUAUGUAUAUCUGGGAUACCGCAAAAGAAUCGGCAGUUCCACUAAAACAUGUUGGAGGUGGUGGUCUCUGUUUUGCUCGAUGGUCUCUGUGUGGUUCUAGACUACUAACGGCCUCAACUUCAUCGGUGUUUAGGAUAUGGAAUACGAGCGAAGGUUCUCAAUGGAGAUCUGAAAAAUGGACAGUUCCGAACGGCCGAGUAGCUGCGGCUUGUUUUGCGCCAGAUCUCAAGCUCUUAUUCGUUUCCACCGAAGUUCCUGAGACGGUAUUUUCCCUGCCAUUGCAGGAAAAUAUUUUCGACUUAAAGAACAGUGGCAUCAGCAAUGACGACAAAGUUGCAGUGGCUGUGAUUGAUUUGAAGAAAACAGUCCUCCACGACGAUCACUAUGGCCGACAAUCAAUCAUCGGUGGAAGAGUCGUAGCGAUGGAAUGGGACCCUACAGGAACAUAUCUGGCCAUUAUAUUCCAGGACAGUCCAAUUGUUGUGGUAUUUGCAACGGAUUUGAGGCCAGCGUUAAUUCUAGCUACCGCAUCGCAAGGUUGUUUAAUAAAAGGAUUUCCUGGUGAAGUACCGAACUGCAUGAAUUUUCAGCAGAACUUCAGCCUUCAUUCAGAUUCUAAAAGAGCUUGUCUAACAAUUGCAUGGUCAAGUGGAAGAAUUCAACACUUUCCACUAAUCGGUACUGAAGUUCAAGAACAGUUUUUCUAGUCAUCAUUCAUACAGAUGGUACCAUGUAAUUUAGAUCAAAGUCAUUAAUAAAAUUUUGUAAUUAAGAAAA